AUGGUACGUACUAAAGCAGACAGUGUCCCAAGCACCUACCGAAAAGUUGUGGCUUCUCCAGCCUCCAGGAGGGUGCUUGGCUCCUCCGCGUCUGCCACUAACUCCACGACUCCUUCAUCACGAAAAGCUGAAAAUAAGUAUGCAGGAGGGAAUCCAGUUUGUGUGCGCCCAACUCCCAAAUGGCAAAAAAGGAUUGGAGAAUUCUUCAGUUUGUCUUCUAAAGAUUCAGAAAAGAGAACCGGAUUCCUGAAGAAGCAGGAUAGUGGCUUAGGAAAAGCAAAGAGAAAAACAUGUCCUUUGCAACCUGAUCACACAGAUGACGAAAAAGAAUAG